AUGGUGAGCCCUCAGAUUAGUAACUUGAUCAUCAUGUUGGUCAUGAUGCAGCUGUCUCGUCGUAUCGACAUGGAAAACGAGCAGAAUAUUUUGUACAUUAGAAUUGCAUAUGGUGCUUCUGUUGGCCUUGCCUUCAUCAUCUAUCAAUUAACCAGAAAGAUCAUUGUUACUAAGAACGAUUUGACUACUUUGAAAUAUGUCCAACCAUCAAGCCCAUUUGGUGGCGAAGGUGAGAAAUUGGAAACCACUACCGUCAAGGACUAUGAUUUGAAGGAAAUCGACAGCGCCAUCAAAUCUAUUUACACUGGGUUGGCUAUGAUGGGUUUCAUGCAUUUAUAUAUGAAAUAUACCAACCCAUUGUUCAUGCAAUGUAUCUCACCAAUCAAGACAGCUUUGGAAUCUAACGAAGUUAAAAUCCAUCUGUUUGGUAAGCCAGCCACUGGCGACAUGAAAAGACCAUUCACAGCUGCCUCCUUGUUUGGUGGAGCUACAUCUGGUCCAAAGACUGAUAAGCAAUCUAUUGAGGAAGCUGAAAGAGCUGGUAAUGGUGGUGUUAAGGCAGAUUAA